GGAUGAGGCACAGAGAGCCAGUGCUUGAGACAAGCCUCCUGAGCGGUCUGGCCAAGCGAUUCCAGCAAGCACGGCUGCCCCUGACUCGACACGUAUCUGCACGUUCACGCGCGAGCGGAUGCCCGGCCUCCGCGCCGCCGGGGCUGCCCGCAUCACCAGCACAUAGAGUAGCAGCAGCACAUAGAGCACGAAGGCGCGCCGCUCCGGCGGCUCCACCACAAGUAACCACUCCGCGGACCUCCGCAGGGUCAUACUAGUACGGCAUGGCCCGGCUCCUCCCGGCCAAAUGGGUCUGGUGGUACCGCGACAAGCGCUGCGCGUACGGCUACUCCAAGCGCAUUUACAAUGAUAAGAAAUGGAAUAAAACUAUUGCACCGUUACGGCCGACCUUCGAGAGCUUAGGGUUGAAGGAGGACGACGUGGCACGACUCCACGAGCAGUUCUUGAAGAUCGACAAGGAUGGAUCCGGCACGAUAGAGCUCUGGGAGAUGCUCGACCAUCUCGAUCUGAAGAGGAACAGAUUCGCGAAAAGGGUCUUCGCGAUCUUCGAUGUGGAUGGUAGUAACGAAAUAGAUUUCAAGGAGUUCGUCGUGGCGCUGUGGCAGUACUGUACAUUAGGAAGGGCGCAGCUCAUCAUGUUCGCCUUUGACCUGUACGAUCGGGAUUCGAGCGGAGCCAUCGACUUCGAGGAGUUCAAUACGAUGCUCAAGGAGCUGUACGGGCCUGUGUGGAAAUCAACCAGUGAGUUACGUUCGUCGAUGGCGUGGAAGCUCCACGCCAUCGAGCAGACGCAGCUUCGGAGACAACAUCGCGUCGAUGGCGUGGGGCGCCCGAAAUUCGAUUUCCACACAGGUACGGGCGGCGCUACGCGAAGAACCAGAUCGCGCUGAAUUUGCUGAGACAUAUCAAUGAGUUGAAUAAGCGCCAUGAUACGGAGGAAGUGGACGUCGAGACCUUUGCGGCGUUCGUCAAAAGCCACCCGGCGUUAUUACAACCCGCGUUCUCGAUGCAGCAGACUCUUAGGGAGAGAAUACUGGGUGGGGCGUGGUGGGACCGGCGGUCCCACGAGCGCGUGAAAGUGAACGGCAUGAAUUUGAGAAUCCAUGAUUUGAUGAAGGCGCAUCUACACGAAGGCGCGUUCCACGCGUUCAUGAAAGCCGUCGAGAAGAGCGACGCCAAGGAGUACAAGAAGGACGCCGAGGCGCAUCGCGACUUUAGCGUGGACUGGCACAAGACCGUUAAGGUCACGGGCAUGGUCGCGCAGCGCCGCGCGAAACAAGGCAUUUACAAUCCUCAAUCUUCCGAGAUCCUCGACAAGUACUCGAGCGGCAAAGCUAGAGAACGCCGGGGCAGCCAGGACGACCUCCGCAAGGUCUCGCCCGACCCGUCGUGCCCGGACGCACACCCCGAGCUCCGGACGACGGACGCGGUGCGCGGGCCGCGGGCCUCGCCGCCCACAAAGGGCGCCCAGGCCCUCGACGCGAAGCUCCGGAACCGCAACAAUACUGCAGGUGAAAACACGCGCCUCGGCUCCUUCGCGCACCACGGGUCGCCCGAGCGCCUCGUCGAACGCACGCCCCAAAACAAGGAAAGCGCUAGUAAGCUCGACGCCAAGAACCGCAGCAAACAGCGGAACGACAAGGCGAACUGGCUCGCCGACGUCGACCCGCGCCUCGGCGCGACGGACAAGCAGCGGAAGAUCGCCGCCGUGUACGAGAAGAAGAAGAAGCGAAAGAAGAAGAGCGGCUCCUCGCCGCCGGAGAAGAAGAAGGGUGCCCCGCCGCCGGCGCCGUAGUUUGUUAGUAAGUUAUUGAUAUGUA